AUGAACGCAGCUUUACCUAUCGUAGAUUCCAUGACUAGCUUGUUUACGCCUGCUAUUCUUUUCUGCAUUGUGAACCUGGUGAUAGGAACCAUCUUCAUCACCUCACGCCUAAAAUCCCACAACAAACCAGACCCCGCCGCCAACUCACCUCCCAGCCAGAAUCAGCUCGUCCGAGCCCCCUCAUUUCUCGACCGGGUCAAGUCCUUUAACUUCUCUUCCUACGUCUCCGAGCAGCCCGACCCAUUUCACGCCGUGACCCAGAAAUCCGACCCACGUGAAGAGCAAGAGCAAAAAAACGUUGCGCAGGAAGAAGCUCUGCUGGAGAGUCAUCAUCAUGAUGAUCAGAUGAUGAAGAGCAAGUUGCAGACGCGGGUGGAGGCUCCGGCGGGGAAUGGUGGCCCUGCUCGAAGGAUGAAGAAGUCGGCAAGCGAGAAGGCGGUGGCAGUGCCGGAGGACCGGGAGGAGGUGGAUCGGUGGCGGCCGGCGACGAUGAGGGAGAGAGAGGGGAGGUCUUCGAGUGAAACUGAAACGUUGACGUUCGGGGAGGAGGAACAUGUGGACAAGAAAGCGGAUGCCUUCAUAAAUCGUUUCAGACAGCAUUUGAAACUGCAAAGGUUGGAUUCGAUUUUAAGGUACAAGGAAAUGCUAAAUAGGGGGGCUGGGUUGGAGAGCUAA